CCCCAAUGAAAAGUGGUGAAGAUGCUGACAAAUUAAAAAGGUUGGAGUACGUGCCCCCAUCUCUAAAGUUGUAUACUUCCUACGCAAUAAUGUUCCUUCCCCCCUUCUUCUAUAUAAUUCUGCCAACACUACAGCCUUCUGGUUGUUUGAACGCCGAAUGAUACUUUAAUUUCAUCCAAAAGAAUCCUUUUCUGCAGAAGCUGAAGCGAUGUUGGAAGGCAAAGCUAUGAUAAAAGAAACUGAUAUGCCUGAGAAGAUGCAAACCCAAGCCAUGGAUUCUGCUUCUCAGGCACUUGAUCUUUAUGAUGUUUCUGACUGCAUCUCUAUUGCUGCUCACAUCAAGAAGGAAUUUGACAAGGAAUAUGGAGGUGGAUGGCAAUGUGUGGUGGGUUCAAACUUUGGGUGUUUCUUCACUCAUACAAAAGGGACUUUUGUUUAUUUUGCUUUGGGGACCCUCAAUUUCCUUAUAUUCAAGGGGGCAGCUUCUUAAUUUUCUUGUACUUACGAAGACAAGCAGAGUGUGAGAGAAGGCCAAAAGGGCACUUCACCCCACAUCUAAAACAGCUUUAUUGGUCAGCAGAGAUAUGUAAAGAAUAAUAUGCUUGCUGUUGCCAAGAUUUCUGUUUAAAUGAUAUCCUUCUUGUUAAAAAGUCUCCUAUGCUUGUUUGCAAUAUUCUUGAUUUCAACUGCAUUUGAUACUGUGGUGGGGAUAGAAUAGUGUAAAUUAUUUUUUUAUUGAGAAAUCCUUUGUUUGCAUUUUGUUA